GACUUCACAACCAGAGUGGUAAUAGUGUCAAGGCAGAAAGACCGUACCGCUACCCAGCGCCUCAACUCUCGUGUUUGAACRGGAUUCUGCUGUCGCCGACCUUUCAAUCUGUCUACCGAUCUGAAGGCUGUAAGUGCUGUCAUCACUUCUGCAUCCACCCAGUCCUCUUGUGUAAUCUUGUGUGAUCUCAAGGCAUGGAUGUCACGGUGCGCCUUGGCAGGAUAAAAUAUUGUAAUCCGAAUUGAGUAGGCUACAGUCUGAGAGGAUAUAGCACUGGUUUACACAAUCAACUAACUUGACAUUCAAGUUGCAGAGGAAAGUGUAGCCUAGUGCAAUUAAGCUGUGAAAAGUGGAAACCGACCUGACCGUAACUGCAACGGAUAUGUUUUGACUGGUGAGGGUCCGAUUUCGGAAUGAAGGCGGCGGUACAGACAGGGAGACGGCGGCCCUUCCAGCGGUUCUGCUGCUGUGGAGUUGGGCUUCUCGCGGUCAUUUGGCUCGCACAGGUCGCGCACGUGACAGAGCCGGAGUCGUCCGGGUCUCAGCCAGAAGAGGGGGGUGUUUCAGUUCGUUCCAGACGCAGGCUGAUGCAGGAGGAGUGGACAGAAGACAACCAGACACUGGACCUUCCUAGACCAGCCAUCCAUGAGUUUCCAGAAGAUAUCUUCACCAAGGAGGAGCUGAAAGGAGGAGCAGUGCUGUUACAUGUGCUGUGUGCUAUAUACAUGUUCUACGCUCUUGCUAUUGUCUGUGAUGACUACUUUGUCCCUUCCCUGGAGAAAAUAUCAGAGAACCUGCAGCUCAGUGAGGAUGUGGCAGGGGCAACCUUCAUGGCUGCAGGAAGCUCAGCACCAGAGCUCUUCACCUCUCUCAUUGGUGUGUUCAUCACUAAAGGAGACGUGGGGGUCGGCACCAUCGUGGGUUCAGCUGUCUUCAACAUCCUGGUCAUCAUUGGUGUUUGUGGCAUCUUUGCGGGCCAGACGGUGGUUCUGACGUGGUGGUCUCUGUUCAGGGACUCCACCUACUACAUCUUCUCUGUGCUGGCUCUCAUCAUGGUUAUAUACGAUGCAAAAGUUGUCUGGUGGGAGGCCGUGCUCCUAAUGACCAUGUAUGGAGUUUACAUUCUUAUCAUGAAGUUCAACUCCCAGAUCAGGGGAUGUGUGCAACGUCGGUUUGGGGGCCRGGGUCAGUGCUGCCUUGUCAGUGAGGGACUCAGAGACGAGGAGAUGYCAGAGGACGGACUCACCUGUAACACCAACAUGGUGCUGCUCAGGAAAGGACAACCCCAGGGUCAGGAGUCUCCUCCGGUGGUGAUGGUGGACGAGCUCCUGAUCCUCAACCCCCACCAGCUGUCCUUCUCCGAGGCCGGCCUGCGCAUAAUGAUCAGCCCCCACUUCUCCCCUCGCACCAGGCUCACCAUGGCAGGCCGUGUGCUCAUCAGUGAGAGACAGAGAUUGAUCAGGAGUCCCAACAGCCAGCUGGACGGGGAGGCCAGCCCAGCGGCAGGGGGCACCCCUCUAAAGGGGUUGGGCUCUGGAGGUCUGGAGAAUGGGGGCAGUGUGGAGAAGCAGACCCCUGACAGGGCCAGGGUAGGGGAUGCAGGGGCAGAGAAGCCAGGAGCGGAGGGCUGUCACACUGAGGAAGAGGAGGAUGAUGAUGAUGGGCCAUUCAGGCCUCUGCAUUGGCCAGGGGGUUGCUGUGCGCGGGUCAAGUGGCUGAUCUCGUGGCCCCUGGGCCUGCUGCUGUACUGCACUGUGCCUAACUGUGUGUACCCACGCUGGCACCGCUGGUUCAUGGUCACCUUCGUGGCCUCCACCCUGUGGAUAGCCAUCUUCUCCUACCUCAUGGUGUGGAUGGUCACCAUCAUCAGCUACACACUAGACAUCCCAGACUACAUCAUGGGCAUCACCUUCCUGGCAGCGGGCACCAGUGUGCCAGACUGCAUGGCCAGCCUCAUUGUAGCUCGGCAAGGUAUGGGGGACAUGGCGGUGUCUAACUCCAUUGGCAGUAAUAUCUUUGACAUCCUGUUGGGGCUGGGUUUUCCCUGGGCUCUGCGCACUCUGGUGGUGGACAACGGAUCAUUGGUCUACAUCAAUAACAAGGGCCUGGUGUAUUCUGUCGUCCUGCUGCUGGCCUCUGUCUUCCUCACAGUCAUGAGUGUCCAUCUGAACCACUGGAAGCUGGACCGCCGUCUGGGCCUGGGGCUGAUAUUACUCUAUGCCAUCUUCCUGCUCUGCUCCAUCUUCUUUGGGCAGAUGUGAGGCUGACGCUGGGGUCGAAGGUCAACCCUGAUUUACCUUCCUGUCAGCUGCCACAUCCAGGAGUCCUCUGUCUCCCUGAGAUACUCUGUCCUAAAGCCAAAAAAAACAGCCUCAGCUACAUCGUGCUACAGUUAACAUGUGAUGUUCCACAAACAGGAUAUCCUUGGGUGACAUUGUACACAAAUACACACACACGUUUUACUAUCCUUGUGGGGACCUAAAAUUUUCCCUAACCCUUGCCCUAAUCCUAAAUAGCCUUUGUCCACAAGGGAGAAUUUUCCUUGUGGGGACUUCCGGAUAGUCUCAGUCUCUCUCUCUCAGUCUCUCUCUCUCUCAGUCUCUCUCUCUCAGUCUCUCUCUCUCUGUCUCUCAGUGGUGACUCUUGGGGAUUUUAAGGUCCCCUCAAGGAUAGAAGAACCUACUCACAUGCACACACACACACACACGCACACACACAGCAGUCUUUUCUAUAGCACAAACCUUUUUCUUCCGAAGUUUGGUGUUUUAAUACGUAGCAACACCUAAUGUUCAGCAGUGACCAAUGGAAAAAUAAUACAGUAGACUAAUCCUCGUUUCUUGACCUUACGUUUGGAACGCCCGUGUUUGUUUUCAAUGUAUGACCUAGCUGACAUUACCUUGUUGUGUGGUGAUACAGUGUACAUUUGUGCAAAUGUUUAUCAGUGCUGGGGUACAGUGGAGCAUAGAACUGUCAGUAAGGUACUAUGAAUGAAGCAAUAAGAAAAAUGGACGUUGUUAACGUGUCAUAGACUUAUAAUAGAAGAAGUAUUCGUAAGAGAUGCAGAUUAUGUGACUAGAAUUUGUAAAGUGACUGACCGAGUUCCUCCAAAGAGGAUUCAUUAAUCAUGUUUUGCCUCACAACAUGUACUGUUACAAACUAAGUAAAUAAUAGGCUAACGUGAAAUCUACGAUUUUAGCAUUUUUAGAAGUGUUAUUACUAUUGACUACAUGUUUCUAUGAGUGUCACAACCUUUGAUAUCAUGCGUACGGGUCUGUUGUAAUAGUUCACUACGUUUAGGGACGAUCAGUGUUUGUAUUACUGUACAAUGAUUAUUAGGUCUACAAGACCCUACUUUUUACUGUUUCUAAAUGUUUACUAAAUAUUUUACAUAGUUUUACAAAAAAUUUAUGUCAGACAGACUAGAUUUGUGGUGUUUUUGAUAUAAGCACUAAAUAACAUAUUCUUCCCAUGAUAUUUGUGAGAAUAUCAUAUACUGUAACUGAAAAAUGAAGUAUAUUUUUGUCACUUUGUAAAGUGAUACUAAAUAAGACUGACACUUCAGAUCAGCACAGUCCACCUAUAUCUGAUGAAAGGAGAAUGAGGUUAUAUUGAAUUGUAUCACUUUCUAAGCCACUAUUCUAUUUAAGCCAGCUAAGAUCCUUUUUAGCACUGAACCGCCUUGAUUUAGUAUCUUUAUUUAUUAUUUCCAAGAGAUUUUAUAUAUUUCUUUUGUCAAGUGCUUGUGAUUACAAUACUUUAUACUAUUUUGCAGAGCAAACCAUUUUCUCAAAAACGUAUAGGUAUUUAUUUACAGCAUGAAUAUGAUUUCCUGAAAUAAUUUAGAUUUCAGAUCAGAUCAAAUGACUCAAACUUUUUGCCAAAUGAAAGGACUGCAGAAUACAUUCUUUAUGUGAUCGAACUAUUGCACUGAACGAAAACAUAAAUGCAACAUGCAACAAUUUCAAAGAAUGUACUGAGUUACAGUUUAUAUAAGGAAAUUGAAAUAAAUU